AUGAAAGACCACAUAGCACCCAAUGCAGCCUCGGCUAUAAACACGGAUUUUGGGCCACGCAGCCUAACGAGAGUCGGGAGAACGAGCAUGCCAGCUGCCGCCCCAAAGUACAUUCCGGAAGUCGUGAGAGAGACCGAUCUCGAGCGCUCGUGCGGUGGGACCCACUGGGCAAGAACGGUGUGGAUGGAGGGGAAGAUGAAGCCCUGGGCUACGCCGACUAAUAGUCGAGCCAUGACAAGGAGUGUGAUUCGGUUGGGGUCGAGGGGCACGAAGGCGCAGGUGAAGGACCAGAGGACGAAUGAGAGGAGAAGGACUCGCCUGCCCCCGAUUUUCUGGGCAGCCCAGCCACCUGGCACCUGGGAGCACGCGUACCCAUAG